AUGGUUUACCCAUUGUUAUUCCCCUAUGGGGAUCAAAGCUGGGGAAUUGACAUACCUUUGGAAAACAGCCCACAAGCUUUAUUAACUUUAGCAAACCAGUCACGCAAUCCUAGAGUUAGAGUCACUGAAAUGCAAUACUACGGUUACCGUCUUUCCAUCAGAGAGGAUUUUAACCCCUUCUUAAAUGCUGGCCGCCUUACACAGCAAUAUAUAGUUGAUGCAUAUAUAAAAACAGAAGCCAACAGACUCAAUUAUAUACGUCAAAAUCAGCCUAAAUUGCGCGUUGAAAAAUACUCAGGAUUAAUGGAUCAUUUACUUAAUGAAGCCAAUGAAGCAGGCCUGAGUCCUGGAAAAAUAUAUAUUUUGCCUUCAGUAUUUCACCUAAAACUGGAAGCUCUGAUCGAUGAUAUCUGUAAAAAACAUAUUUUUGGAUUCCUAAAAGCAAUAGUCUACGUGAUAGAAUUUCAAAAGAGAGGUUUACCACAUGCUCACAUACUUCUCAUUUUUAAAGAAAGCUGUAAACCAAAAAAUGAAGAACUGAUAGAUAAAAUUGUCUCUGCUGAAAUCCCUGAUAUAGAAAUCACUCCUCGUUUACAUGCAAUUGUAACAAAACAUAUGAUUCAUAGACCAUGUGGAGCACUCAAUCCUAAUUCUUCAUGCAUGACAAAUGACAAAUGCUCUAAGGAUUUUCUGAAGGAAUUCCAAAUAAAAACUAUUGCUAACAACAAUGGCUAUCCAAAGUACAAGAGAAGAAAUACAGGCCAAAGUAUAAUUCUUAACGGAAAGAAAAUUGAUAACGGUUGGGUUGUACCAUUUAAUCCUUGUCUCGCCUUGAAGUACAAUUGCCACAUUAAUGUUGAAGUUUGCGCAUCAGUGAAAAGCGUUAAAUACCUUUUUAAAUAUGUGUACAAAGGUCAUGAUUGUGCUAAUGUUGUCAUUCAAGAACAAGGUACUUUGAAUCACAAUGAAAUUAAGAACUUUAUUAAUUCAAGGUAUGUCAGCGCUCCAGAAGCAGCAUGGCGCUUGAAUGGGUUUGAAAUGCAUUAUCAAUCACAUACCAUCCAUAGAUUACCUGUGCAUCUGCCUGAAGAACAAUCAGUGUUUUUCAACCCAAAUGACAUUAACACAGCGGUACAGAGAGCUUCAAACCAUGAUACUCAAAUGACAGUUUGGUUCAAAUUAAAUCAACAAAAACAUGAAGCAAAGACCAUAUUAUAUUCUGACAUUCCUUUGCACUAUGUGGUUGACUCUGAAAAUUGUACUUGGAAAUUAUGUCAACGUGGUGCAGAAAAAGUUAUUGGACGAAUGUAUUCUGUCAAUUUUACAUCAGAUACAGAGCGCUACUGUCUGCGUCUACUAUUGCUACAUGUUCCGGGUGCAGUAUCCUUUGAAGAUCUGAGGACAGUACAUGGAAAUGUCUAUCCCACUUUCCGAGAGGCCGCAAAAGCUAAAGGACUUAUUAACGAUGAUGAAGUGUGGGACAACACUGUAGAAGAUGCUGUCCAAUUCACAAUACCUAAACAACUUAGGGGAUUAUUUGCAUAUAUCUGCGUUUUUGCAUCAUUACAAAAUAUGACUGAUCUUUUCCUGAAAUAUGAGCAAUACCUCAUUGAGGAUUUAGUUCACAAACAUAAACAACACAAUGAUGAUUGCACAAUAUGUCGUAACAUCGCACUUAAAGAAAUAUCUAACAUUCUGGUACUACAUGGCAAAACCUGUGAAGAUUUUGGAUUUCCUUCCACAAUGCCAAAUACUGAUCUACUUUGGAAUACGUAUGACAAGGAAUUUCAAAAACACACAUCUGAAGAAAUGGAGAAAACAUUAAACAGACAACAAAAAAAGAAAGACAAGAAAAAAUAUUGUCUGCAACCAAAAAUGACAACCUUUGCCAGCGUUGUUUUUUCUUAG